CAAAAGGGCUUUCUGUUAAACUAUAUAAUGACCUUCUAAAGAUCUUCUGAGUCAGACGAUGUUCGUCUGGUGAUAGCUUCUUUAUGGGGGUUUCAGGCUGAUUUGUUGUUACCCAGAAAAUCGGCUAUGACUCAGACGAAAAUUUCACUGAAAGUGGGGGGGGGGAUUUCUCUUGGCAAAAUCUCGAUGAUGGCGUAUGGCGAUGCGCUUCUUCGGUCUAUGGUCUACUGUGUUCUCUAAAUUGUUUGUCGUCCGGUGCUAUGUUCUAUAACAUGCGUGAUACGUUUCACCAAUCAGAUUUCGUUGAGUACUUUAUAAACAAUUCCCCUUUUACACGGCUGUGUCUCUCUUUCGCUGUCUUACACUACAUUAUGUCUUUUCUACAUGUGAUAGCUUACGAUGCUAAUAAGCAGCUUGAAAAUCUAAGCUCGUUCUAUGUGAACUACAUACUUCCCUAUGUUAAACGACGAUCGUCAUACACCGCUGUAGCCGCUGCCGUGGUUGUCUAUUUCAGCUAUCGAGUGCACAAAAUGUCAGAAAUACCUAAAAAUCUGCAACACAUUCCUGCGGUGCCUUACUGGCCCUUCAUGAGGUCGCUGCUUUCGGGUGAAAGCAUUGAUCAUCGAACCAGGAACUACAUUCUACCCGUUAUAGCCAACUCACCUAAUGGACUGUAUCUUCGACCUGUCCGACGGGGAUGGACUGUAGGUGUCGCUGGUCCAGCAACAAUGAAGCGUUUAUUGCUCCGCGCAGAUGACUUUGAGAAGAGUCCUAUGUUUGCUAAGCAAGAUUCAUUGUUCAACAAGUUCAUGGGCAAGGAAAAUAUAGUGUUAUUAAACGGCAGUGUUUGGAAAAAGCAUCGCAUGAUUGCAAAUCCUGCAUUCCACAGAUCCAUGCCGGUAAAGCUCUUUGGCAGACUUUGCGAAAAGAUGAUGCUGCGAUUCGAGAUAGAAGGUGAUGGUCUUGGCAAUGUCGAUGUUGCCAAUUUCUUACAGCGAUUCACCUUGGAUGUUAUUGGACUUGCGGCUUUUGGUUACGAUUUCGAAGCGUUGGACAACCCGGAAAAUGAGAAAGUAGACACUUACAACAGUAUCAUGGCCGGUAUUCAAAGCGCAGUGUACUUCGUAUUUCCCAUUUUGGAGAAACGCUUUCUCUGGGCCCUUCCAAAGCGUCGAGACUUGUAUAGAAAGUUGGACGAUAUGAAUGAAAUUUUUUAUAGUGUCAUCCAACACAAGCGGGACACUCUGGCGAGUAUGAAGAAUUCAAUUGAAGACACAGAGAAAGACUUGCUCACUUUGAUGCUUGAGGCCAACGAAGAAGCCGUUGAUGCUGAUCAUCGACUCUCUAAUCUUGAGCUUCGUGAUAAUCUGGCCAUUUUCUUCUUGGCAGGUCACGAUACUACUUCAAAUGCUCUUACAUUUGCACUGUACUUCCUAGCGGCCAACCCUCAUAUCCAAGUGAAGGCUCGCGAGGAGGUCCUAGACAUUAUGGGAGACGGUGACGACGUUAUUUUCCCAACUUCCACGCAAUGCACGGAUAUGAAAUAUGUCUACAUGAUCAUGAAAGAGACCCUGCGAAUGUGUCCUCCCGCCGUAGGCACUUCACCACGCAGAAGCAAUAAGGAUAUGGACUUGGUCGGUACGCUUAUACCCGAAGGAACUCCUUUGAACGCCGAUAUAUACAGCAUGCAUCACGAUCCAAAUAUUUGGAAGGAUCCCGAGACGUUUAUCCCCGAGCGGUUUGCUUCUAGAGGUGAGAGUGAAACAAAAGCAGGAAGAGGUCUUGCUUGGGCUCCGUUUGGAAAUGGUGCUCGGCAAUGCAUUGGUAUGAACUUCAGCUUAGCUGAACAAAAAGUGCUACUCGCUAUGCUGCUACGAAGGUUCACUUGGGAAUUGCCGGAAGAUUCUAUCAACAAGGACGGUUUAAAAAUUGGUGGAGGAAUCGGUAUCAUGUAUGCAAAAGAUAUGCAUCUAAAGUUCACCAAACGUUUUUAAAUCCGAACUUGAGUAACAAAAAUUAUCAGAGCCCCGUUGAAACUUCCCUUAGUAUUACUUAUUUCUGAUGGUUUGCUUUAUCAAUAAAUUUCUAAGUCAUGGCACAA